AUGUCGAGUCAAGUCUCCAGAGUGGGUGCGUCGACCUCGGGUGCCGAUGUCGGCUCCAAGACCAUCAACAAGUCGGGCAACGUCGCGUCGUUCUCCAACGUCCAGACGGGGUUAGUAGCCACCGACGCCUACGGCGAUGAGUUCAAAGUGCCCGACUUCCUGAUCAAGGACAUCUUGAAGGCGAUCCCCGCCCACUGCUACGAAAGACGCUACACCGAGUCGAUGUACUACGCCAUCCGCGACGUCGUGUUGGUGGCGUCGUCGAUGUACCUCGCCAACACCUACAUCCCCCUUAUCGACAACGCUUAUGUCCGCGGCGCGUUGUGGGCGGGCUACGCGUGGAUGCAAGGCCUCUUCUACACCGGGAUGUGGGUGCUUGCCCACGAGUGUGGCCACCUGGCGUUCUCGGACUCCACUUUGCUCAACGACACCGUGGGGUGGUUGUUCCACUCCUACUUGAUGGUGCCGUACUUCUCGUGGAAGUACUCCCACUCGAAGCACCACAAGGCCACCGGGCACAUGACCAGAGACAUGGUGUUUGUGCCUAAGAGAAAGGAAGAGUUUUUGGAGGCCCGCGGUCACUCCCACGUCAAGGAAAUGGUCGCAGACUCCCCCAUCUACACCCUCGCCCAAUUAGUGUUCCAACAAUUGGGCGGGUGGAUCGCUUACUUGUUCACCAACGUGUCGGGCCAGAAAUACCCCGGCAAGCUGAAGUUCAACACCAACCACUUCAACCCCAACUCGGUGCUUUUCGAAUCGCGCGACUACUGGUACAUCGUGUUGCUGGACAUCGGGGUGCUUUUGCAAGCCGCUGUCGUCUACACCUGGUACCAGAAGUUCGGCGGCUGGAACAUGUUCAUCAACUGGUUCGUCCCUUACAUCUUGUGCAACCACUGGUUGGUGUUCAUUACCUACUUGCAACACUCUGACCCCAAGAUGCCCCACUACGAACCCCACCAAUGGAACUUUGCCAGAGGGGCUGGCGCCACCAUCGACCGUGAGUUCGGCUGGGUCGGCAAGUACAUUUUCCACGACAUCAUCGAAACCCACGUUCUCCACCACUACGUGCUGAGAAUCCCCUUCUACAACGCCCGCGAGGCCCUGGAAGCCAUCAAGAAGGUCAUGGGCGAACACUACAUGCACUCGGACGAAAACAUGUGGAAGUCGUUGUGGAAGCUGGGCCGCUGGUGCCAGUACGUCGACGGUAAGGACGGCGUGUUGAUGUUCAGAAACAUCAACGGCUUCGGUGUCGGCACUAACGAAUAG